GCACAAAUCAAGAAACCCUGUUUAACUGAUUUAAUAAAAUCAUAUUUACCAAUAUCUUAAUGGAAAUUAUUUUACAGGAAUCUACAUACGUGUAUAUAUAUCUAUAUAUCUUUGUAACUUGAUUGUGUUUUUGUUUUGUACACGAAAUCAACUUAAAUUCUGUUAUUAUUGAAUGCUUAUUAAUUCUUUAGUUAAUUAUCAAUACUAUUAUUAUUAUCACUACCAUUAUUAUUGCUUUAUUAUAAUCUAUGCUACUAAACAAUUUAAUUCUAUAAUUAUUAGACAAUUAAUUAAUUAUUGGAACAAAUUAUUUAAUAAUAAUAAUCUAUUUAAUUUGUCAUGGACAAAACAUAAUAUUUCAAUAAAUAGUUUAAAUCAAUCUAUACAAUAUAUACGCGUAAAUUUUGAAAAUUUAUCAUUGAAAUCGAUUGAAAGUACUUACAUUCAAUGUGAUCAAAUGAAGUCUUCUCCUUCUUCUUCUUCUUCUUCUAAUAAUAAUAAUAAUAACAUUGAAAAGAUUAAAAUUAUGAAUAUUUUAAAAAAUCCUUUAAUACAUAAUAUUACUGAUUAUUAUAUCGAUGCGACUAAAAAGAAUAAAUAUUUAUUAUUCAAUAAAAUUAUACAAAUCUUAAUGAUAAUAAUAUUAUUUAAUUAUUCAAUAGAUUACAUGAAUAAAAAUCUAUGCAUAACUGCUAUGCAUUUACAUAAUACUAUACUAUCACCAUUAACGGAAAAGUCAACUGAUUCAGAGACAAUAUUAGAAUCAGAUACAUCUACAUUACCUAAAUAUUUAAUUGAAUCACCUAUAGUAAAAUUAAUUAAAACUCCAAAAAAUAUACAACAAAAUUAUUUAGACAAUGAAUUACAAUUAGAAAAUAAAGUAAUGCAAAGAAUAUCAUCAAUAUUUCAAGAUAAAAAAGCUAUACAAGAUUUAUUAAGAGAAAUGAAUGCAUAUUAUUUAACAUAUGGAAGACCAAGAUACGGAUAAAUGAAGUUGAAAAUUAUGAUGAUUAAGAAAAUACACAAUGAAUUUGUCAAGAAUAUAUACACAAUGUAUCAGCGAAAUUUUUAAAGAAAUAUAUAAAUUGAAAUAAAAUGAUAAUAUUAAGC